UGUUUUAUUUUAUAUAAUAUAUUGCAUCAUUGUGUGUGUUUGUAUUUAUGUGUGGUACGUGUUCACUGUAUUAUAUCAGCGCAUUACUACAGAGGCAUAUUGAGUCCAAGACAAAUUUCCCCUCCCGGACAAUAAGGUCUUAUCUGAUUCUUUCACAGCAGAGCGUGAGCAAUCUCACUCACACACUCUUGGUGUGUAACCAGCACGCGCCCCCACACGCCCCCACGUGCAACUUCAGUUUCCCAGUUAUUUCUCCUCUCCUCUCCCCACCCCCAGCCCUUUAAAUAUUUCAGCCCGCGGGAAGAGCACCAGAGCCGGGACAGACUUUUAAGUGGGGACACCGUGGAGCCGACAGGUGCGCACACCGCGAUGCAAGCGACGUUUCUUCUGCUGCUGCCGCUCCUCUGCUCCGUCGCAGAGGCUGCUGUUAGAGAGUAUUAUAUUGCAGCUGUAGAAAUCGGUUGGGACUAUAUCCACGACGAUGGUGACCCAGCGACCGACCAAAGGAGAAAAUUCAAAGAUAUUCCUCAAAAAUACAUCAAGGCAGUUUACAGGGAGUACACAGACUCCACAUACACUGUCCCCAAGCCGAGACCAACUUGGACAGGUAUUCAAGGUCCGGUGAUCCUUGCCCAGGCUGGCGACAAGGUGGUGGUCCACUUCAAAAACCUGGCCUCUCAGUCCUACAGUAUCAGCCCUGUGGGGAUCACCUACUGGAAGCAGUCAGAAGGAGCCGGGUAUGAUGACUCCACGGCGGGCCAGGAGAAGGAGGAUGACGCCGUCUCUCCCGGUGGAUACUAUGAGUAUGUGUGGGACAUCAGCCCAAAGGACGGCCCCACCGCCAGUGACCCCGAGUGCCUCACCUACUCCUACUCAUCCCAGGUGGAUACAGUCCGCGACGUCAACUCAGGACUCAUCGGUGCCCUGCUCAUCUGCAAGUCAAGUGCAUUCACAGAAGACGGCCAGAGGAGAAAUCCAGCGUUUGUCCUGCUGUUUGCGGUGUUCGAUGAGACCAAGAGCUGGUAUGGGGAGAUAGGGGAGAGGAAGAGCAGAGAGAAGUUCCGGAGGACUGCCGGCAGGAAGAGUUACCACACCAUCAAUGGAUAUGUCAACUCUACAUUGCAUGGUCUGACAAUGUGUCAGGGCCGUAAUCAUGUGUUUUGGCAUUUGAUUGGGAUGGGAACAGCUCCAGAAAUCCACUCCAUUCAGUUCCAGGAUCACUCUCUGCAGGUUUUGAACCAUCGAAAAGUCACCAUGGAGGUGACCCCUAUGACCUUCACCACUGCAGAAAUGAAACCCUCCACUGUAGGCCGCUUCCUGAUCAGUUGUCAGAUAUAUGCUCACCGCCACGAUGGCAUGAACGCUUGGUUCACGGUGGAGAAGUGCCCAGACCCCGUCGCUCUGCCGGGGCCUGACAUGCGUAAUGUCAAUCACGGGGAUUACGAGGACGGCGGUGAAGAGUACAACGAUGAAGAUGAUGAUAAUCUGUUCAACACCAUAAGCUUUCAAGCCAUGAAGCCACAAGUGCAAGCCAGAAGCAACAGGGGACAGCAGCAUAAAAUCUGGGAGCAUUACAUCGCCGCUGAAGAGGUCACCUGGGACUACGCUCCUCAUCUCAAACCCACAGACAGUGAGUUGCAGUCGGGAUAUUUGCCUGCAACUCCUCAUCACCUCGGCUACAAGUAUAAAAAAGUGGUGUAUGUAGAAUACACAGACAGAUCUUUCACUCAGAGGAAGAACCCUGACAAGAUAACACUGCUGGGUCCAUUGCUGAAAGGAAAAGUCAACGAUCAGGUCCAUAUCACAUUUAGAAACCUGGCCAGUCGCCCUUUUAACAUCUACCCCAAUGGCCUUUCCAAGAUCUCUCCAAUGCAUAAAUCCACAAAUGCUGCAGAGCAGGACCUGCACUCCAUGGGAGUGCCCCCCAACGAGACGUUUGGCUACAUUUGGAGUCUAACGACAGAUGACGGGCCCUUGCCGGGGGACCCUCAGUGUCUGACUCAGCUGUAUCAGAGCACUGUGUCCCCAGAGAGGGACUUGGCCUCAGGGCUGGUGGGCACCCUGCUGAUCUGCAAGUAUGAUGCCCUCGACAACCAAGGACGCCUGUUGGGGCCAGAUAAAGAGUCGAGCCUGAUAUUUGCCGUCUUUGAUGAGAACAGAAGUUGGUACAUCAACGAAAACAUUCAAUCCAGUCAAAACUCCUCCUCCACUUCAGAUGCUGAAUUUUACAACUCCAACGUCAUUUACAGUGUGAAUGGCAUUAUGUUCAGUGGGCGCCAGUUUGUGAUGUGUCAGACUGAUGUCACCUUCUGGCACGUGGUCAACGUGGGCACCCAGAGUGACUUCAUCUCUGUCUACUUCACGGGAAACCUCUUUCAGUACCACGGCCUCUACCAGUCCGUCCUCACCCUCUUCCCCAUGACUGGCGUGACUGUUCCCAUGGAGACCGAGCUGAUAGGUGAGUGGGAGAUCAGUGCCUUCGAUGGCAGCCUCAAGAGCCGAGGGAUGAGCAUCCAUUACACCGUUCGUCCUUGCAACAACGGAGACCUAGUCGAUCAUGAUGGGGAUGAAGACGAUUUCUUUUACAUCGAUCAAAUAAAUCCAAGAAGUAGUAGACCUCAAAAUGGCACAGUGAUGGUUAGAGUGUGCAAGAAACCCCUCGCUAACGAUACUCAGUCAGCAGUCACCACUGGUCAAAACAUCACUGUUGAUGGAGACUUAGCAUGCGAGCUGAAGAAAGUGACGAGGGUGACUGAGGGAGGAAUCCCACAGGAUAUCUUGGAGGAACUAGAGAGAGGGACUGAACAUGGAGGAGAAGGAGGCAACAGACGGAGACGACAGGCAGAGGGAAACUGGAGGGAUGGAGACAUCAGCUCUGGAGCCACAGAAGAUGGAGAAACUGGGAUAGAGGUUGAAGGAGAGGGUAUGGAAAAUAGGACUAAUACUGGUGCUGAGGUACAAGCUGAGGAGGGGAGUGAAACGUCAGGUGAAAAGAAUGGCACAAAGGAAGAGCUUAAAGACAGCAACGAGAUCUUACUGGACGGUAAUCCACUGCUGAACACAAAGGUCUCAACUGUAGAAGGGAGGGAUUCAAAAGAAAUGGAUCGAAACUUAGUGCCACAAAACCACAUUCAGACUAAACCUGAGCGACAGACAGUGGAUCUGCUGGGUCUGGAUUACACCUACACUGCUGAUAACGACAACGCAACACAGACUUAUCUGUCUCUAGAGUAUGAUGACUACAGCGAUGACUACAGCGAAGAGGUGAACAGCACAUCAGGUAUAUUUGCCACAGGUCACGUGGACCCACGCUCCAGAGGGACUAGAUAUCGCAACUACUACAUCGCUGCAGAGGAGAUCGCCUGGGACUAUGGCAUCAGAAAACCACAUCAGCUUAUCAAACCAAGAGAGAUGCGUCGCGGGAUGAGGAAGUUCCUGUCAGAGUAUAAGAAGGUGGUGUUUCGAGCCUACAGAAAUGAAGACUUCCGUGAUCCUGUAGGCAGAGGAGAGCUUCAGAGUCACCUGGGAAUCAUGGGGCCUUUCAUCAGAGCUGAGACUAAUGAUGUCCUCACUGUGGUCUUUAAAAACAAGGCAUCCAGGCCUUACUCAUUUCACCUGCAGGGAGUGUAUGACCGCAGCCAGGGGGCUGGCGCUUCCCAAACCCAUUCCUCCUCUGCACCACCCGGGGUCCCAGGAGAGCCUGUGGCUCCUGGGGAGGCCCGGACUUAUAACUGGAGAAUAAGCAAAAAACAAGGUCCCACUCAAAGUGAAUUUGACUGUAAGGCUGGGGCGUACUACUCCACUGUGGACAAGGAGAGGGACCUUCAUUCAGGUCUGAUCGGCCCACUGGUUAUCUGUAAACCCGGUACCCUGCGGCCUCGUCUGAACACGCAGCCAAACAUCCAGGAGUUCUCCCUUCUCUUCCACACCUUUGAUGAAACUAAAAGCUGGUACCUGGAGGAGAAUCUGCAGCACUACUGUGUCCCGCCAUGUCAGGUGAACCCUGAGGACCCGUGGUACCAUAUCACCAACAAGUUUGCAGCAAUAAAUGGUUACGUGGCAGAGACGCUUCCUGGUCUGUUGGUGGCCCAGCACCAGUUAGUCAGGUGGCAUCUUCUGAAUGUGGGAAGUGAUGGAGAGUACCACGCUGCACACUUCCAUGGUUUGCCUUUCACUGUUCACACUGAACAACAACACCGCAUGGGAGUCUACAACCUCUUCCCUGGUGUGUUUGGCACAGUGGAGAUGAGACCCCCCACAGUCGGCACAUGGCUGGUGGAGUGCACCAUAGGAGACUACCAGCUGGCCGGAAUGAGGGCCAAACUACUGGUCUAUAAUUCACGGUGUGUCUCGCCUCUGGGAAUGAAAUCGGGCAGGAUAGAGGAUUUCCAGAUGACAGCAUCUGAUCACAAACCUGGCUGGGAGCCGAGGCUGGCAAGGCUGGAUCAGUCGGGUUAUAUCAAUGCUUGGAUGGGCAGAAACAAGAUGUCAUGGAUACAGGUUGACCUCCUGAAGCCCAUGCUGCUGCAUGGUGUGCAGACGCAGGGAGUCAGAUCAAAGCUGAGGGACAACUACAUCUCACUCUUCAACAUCUCCUACAGCCUGGACCAGGAGACGUGGACCAUUUACAGAGGAAACGACACUGGAAAGAACCGUGUUUUUCGUGGCAACCUCGACAGCUCCAAGGUGAAAGAAAACCGCUUCUUUCCACCAUUUGUGGCCCGCUACAUCAGGAUUCAUCCAUACAACUCCAUUCGGCCUGCACUCCGAAUGGAGUUGCUGGGCUGCGAUCUUAACAGCUGCUCUCUCCCUCUCGGGCUCCAGAAGAUUCCUGACAGCAGCUUCAGUGCCUCCUCAACUCAUUCAUCCCUGCUGCGUACCUGGAGCGCCAGCCUCGCCCGCCUCCAUCAGGAAGGCAGCGCCAACGCCUGGAGGCCGGAGUACAAUAACCCGCACGAGUGGCUACAAGUGGACUUGGGGUCGGUCAAACGCAUCACAGGCGUGGUGAUGCAGGGAGCGAAGUCACUGCUGACACCGAUGAUGGUGACAGAGUUCUCAGUGACCGUCAGUCACAAUGGACACUCCUGGAACAGCGUGUUAGAGGAGAGAUCCCACGGAGAAAAGAUCUUCCCAGGAAACAGCGAUCCAGACGAAGAAGCUCUCAAUGUUUUUGAUCCUCCUCUGUUCGGCCGCUACCUCCGCAUCCACCCGCGGGGUUGGAUUAACGACAUCGCUCUGCGUCUGGAGGUGCUGGGUUGCGACACGCAGCAGGGGCUCUGACACACCGCUGGACAAACCCACCAACUGCACGCAGCAUAAUUUUAGAAAUAGCGUAGGUGUAAACGAGGCCUCAAUGUUUUAACAGCUGAGCUACAGUAUUUAGCUUUGCAGCACACAGCUGUGCUAACUACAGAGCACACCUUUUGAAUGUAAGCUUGUGUAAAUAUUUCAGACUCAGAUGGAUGUAUACAGUUUGAAUGGUUGUUAUAUAUCAUUGGAAAAGUUUGUAUUAAUGUAUUUUUCUGCUUUAUUAGAGUUGAAAUAAACACUGAAAGUUUCCCUGG